CAGGAUCCCACAGCAACCAUGAGGUCUCUUGUCUUCGUUCUGCUCAUCGGAGCUGCUUUUGCCUUGGAGGACGACAAGAUCGUCGGAGGGUAUGAGUGCACGCCUCAUUCCCAGGCCCAUCAGGUGUCUCUGAACUCUGGCUACCACUUCUGUGGAGGCUCCCUGGUCAACGAGAACUGGGUUGUGUCUGCUGCUCACUGCUACAAGUCCCGUGUGGAGGUGCGUAUGGGCGAGCACAACCUCAGGGUCAAUGAGGGAACCGAGCAGUACAUCAGCUCCGCCCGUGUCAUCCGCCACCCCAACUACAGCUCCUACAACAUCAACAACGACAUCAUGCUGAUCAAGCUGAGCAAGCCCGCCACCCUCAACCAGAACGUGAAGGCUGUGGCUCUGCCCACCAGCUGUGCCCCCGCUGGCACCAUGUGCAUCGUCUCUGGAUGGGGAGACACCAUGAGCUCCACCGACAGUAACAAGCUGCAGUGCCUGGAUCUCCCCAUCCUGUCUUUCAGGGACUGUGAUAACUCCUACCCUGGCCAGAUCACUGAUGCCAUGUUCUGUGCUGGAUACCUGGAGGGAGGAAAGGACUCUUGCCAGGGUGACUCCGGUGGCCCCGUCGUGUGCAACGGUGAGCUGCAGGGUGUUGUGUCCUGGGGCUACGGAUGUGCUGAGAGGGGAAAUCCUGGUGUCUACGCCAAGGUCUGCCUCUUCAACGACUGGCUGGAGGCCACCAUGAGCAGCUACUAA